AUGGGAAACAUCAACAAGGCAUCUAAAAAGAACAGUAAGAGGAAUACGGGGGUGUCACCUGUCGAACGAAGCAGCACCCCAUUGGCUGCAGCCAUGCUGGGGGGUCUGGCUGGUGCAGGUGAGGUGGACACAGACGAGGAGGAGGAAGGAGGGAGCGAGCGGGAUUUUGAAGAGCCGCUGUGCGCUCUGGUUAAGAACUGCAACAUGCUGCACAACAUAGUGGGGCCUGCUUGUAUCUUCCUCAGACAGGGCUUCGCACAGAGCCAGCUUGACAGAGAUCUGCGACCAGAGGAAAUGGAAGAACUACGUGAGGCAUUCAGGGAGUUUGACAAAGACAAGGAUGGCUUCAUCAGCUGUAAGGACUUGGGCGAGUGCAUGAGGACUAUGGGAUACAUGCCAACAGAGAUGGAGCUGAUAGAACUCAGCCAGCAGAUCUGUGGCGGCAGAGUGGACUUUGAGGACUUUGUGGAGUUGAUGGGUCCUAAGAUGCUCGCUGAGACUGCAGACAUGAUUGGAGUCAAAGAGCUGAGGGAUGCCUUCAAAGAGUUCGACUCAGAUGGCGAUGGUCAGAUCAGCCUUGGGGAGCUGAGAGAAGCCAUGAAGAAGCUGAUGGGAGAACAGCUCAACCACCGCGAGAUCGAUGAGAUCCUGCGAGAUGUAGACCUCAACGGGGAUGGACAGGUGGACUUUGAAGAGUUUGUGCGAAUGAUGUCUCGCUGACUCUUCACCAAACUGUUUUCUGCUGCACUGAACACAACAUGGACCAGACUGCACACUGUUAAUGUUCUUGUAAUUCUUCUUCAUGUACAAAGACUUCUUGGUGUCUGUUCUGUAUUUUAUUUUCUGUCACUUCCAUCAUCUCUCGAGUAUAAGACAAUCCCUUCAAUGUGUUACCGUUGAAUAAAUGUAAUGUGUAUUUACUGUAACAUGUGAUGAGAGAUUAUGAAGAGAGUGACAGCUCAGCAAGGAGAUGGUUUAAAUCAAAGCUGUGGUUAGUUUAGAGAUUAAAUUAAAUUUGAUUAAUUUAAGCUGAGAAUCACUAGCAACACUACAUAUGAACUGAAACAAUAUGCAAGUUUGUAUAGCAGUAUCUAGUCACCUGAAGUAGUUGGGGUUAGGAUUCACCAUAACCCUGACCCUAACCCUAA